UCAGGACAGGCGCUGCACAAAACACUGUGACUGAGUGGAGUAACAUACAGAAGACUACAAUGAGGCCGAUCUAUUGCUGCAGUGCUUUGCUGCUGCUCUUCCUCAUCCCCACAGCCUGUCAAGCUGGCAACAUCCUGGUCUUCCCUAUCGAAGGAAGCCACUGGAUAAACAUGGAUAUCUUGCUUCAAGCUCUGCACUCAAGGGGACACACUAUUACUAUUCUGCGUUGCAGCAAAAGCUGGUACAUCAAGGAUAACAAUUCUUAUUACAACACCAUCACAGUUCAGGUGGAGAAGGCCUUCGAUCAGAAGUUCAUCACAAAAAUGAUAACUGAGACCAUUGAAUAUGAAAGGGGGUCUCUUCCCUUGAUACAUUUUCUCCACCUGACUUUCGGAAUGUUUGGUACGUUUGUUGAAGCUCAUGAAACCGUGGGUGCAUUUGUAUCAGCAAUGCUUGAUGACCAAGAGUUGAUGAGAAACCUGAAGGACAGCAAGUUUGACCUUGUGCUCACUGACCCCUGCUGGGGAGGUGGAAUAAUUUUGGCCAAAUAUCUGAACCUUCCUUUGGUUUUUAAUGUUCGCUGGCUGAUAGCUGGAGAAGGUCAUCUUGCUGUUGCUCCUUCACCUUUAUCAUACAUUCCUAUAACAGGAUCUGGCAACACUGAUAAGAUGAGCUUUUUUCAAAGAGUUAAAAACAUGAUUUUGCAUCUAAUAACCCAGAUACAUAAACACCUGGUGGUUAAGCUAAUAUACCAGAAAAUAUGUGACAAAUAUCUUGGGCCUGAUAAUGACUUUGACCUCUUAAUGCUUAAUGCAGACAUUUGGCUGAUGAGAGUGGACUUUGUGUUUGAGUAUCCUCGUCCCACCAUGCCUAAUGUUGUGUACAUUGGAGGGUUUCAGUGUAAACCCGCGAAACCUCUGCCUCAACACCUGGAGGAGUUUGUGCAGAGUUCUGGAGAACACGGAGUCAUCAUCAUGUCUCUGGGGACUUUUGUGAGUGAACUUCCUGCUGACAUGGCAAAUGAGAUCGCUGCAGCUUUCGCUAAAUUACCUCAGAAAGUCAUCUGGAGGUAUAAAGGUGACAGACUGGCCACUCUGGGCAACAACACUUUACUAGUGGACUGGAUGCCACAGAAUGACCUCCUCGGACAUCCUAAAAUAAAAUUAUUUGUGGCUCAUGGGGGAACAAACGGAGUCCAAGAAGCUAUUUAUCACGGCGUCCCAGUCGUGGGUCUACCUUUGUUUUUUGACCAGUACGACAACCUGCUGCGACUGAAGGAGAGAGGAGGGGCUAAGCUUCUAACCGUUAAUACAGUUGACAAAGACAACAACUUCCUGAAUGCCAUAGAGGAAGUCCUGACUGAGCCCUCCUACAGGAUGAACAUGCAGAGACUCUCCAGGCUGCACAGAGAUCAGCCAGUGAAGCCGAUGGACACCGCCCUCUUCUGGAUAGAGUUUGUCAUGAGACACAAAGGUGCAGCUCACCUGAGAACAGAGUCCUACAGACUGCCCUGGUACUCCUACCACUCUGUAGAUGUAGUGUUGUUCCUGGCUGGAGUUGCUCUGCUCAUGCUUUUAACUCUAUUCCUCUUGAUGAGGUGUUUAUACUCUGCAAUGUGUAAACCUAAAGUGAAACGUGACUAAUCAUUCAAGGGAUAUACAUUUUGUAAAUUCAUCUCAUUUAGAAAAAGAAAUAUCAAUAAUAUCAGUACAAAAAUGGAUGUUGCAAUAUUUUGUUAUAAUUUUGAGAUUUAACUGCCCAGUAAUGCAGCUUUUUGACAGUUAAACAAAGGUAUUGUUUUGUAAAGGCAAGAUUUUGUAGUAUGUUAUUUAAUUUGUUUGAUAUUCAUAUUGUAUUAACUAAAUGUAUGCUGUGACAAACACUGAACAGCUAAAAUUGUAGGAAUGAAUUUAAGGUUGGAGCCAUUUUCAGUUGUACUUAUAUGUUGUUGCUUUUCAUUUAUUGUUUCAUUUUGUGUGUGUGUGUGUGUGUGUGUGUGUGUGUGUGUCUAUCCCUCCAACCACUAGGUGGAGCAUCCUUCUUUGAAAUAAAUUAUAUAGAUAGGA